CAACAGUAGCACAAUUUCUUAUAUUGAAACUGAACUGUUUUUUAUAGUUUGUGUGAAAACCUUUUGUGUAUUUCCCCGGAAUAACGAAAAAUAUUCAAAAUUCCGAAAAAUCCGAGAAAACCCCAAAAACAAUCGACACGUACAGCGUCGUCAACGGGAGGUGGUGGCACUACAAAAAUGGCUUCAAAAAGAAAAGCAUCGGUGCUGCUACACAAGGAAACUUUACCGGCACCAAUAGCUACUGAAUCGUCGGUUGGCAGUGACAGCAAUGCAGAUACCGACCCUUAUGCUGGUCUAAUGAAAGACGCUGAUAAACUUAAGCUUAUGUUACUUGCUUGGAAUUAUCAGAACUCAAAUGCAGUACGAAAUGGUACUGAAGGUCCUGACUUAGGCGUUGUUGGUGGACUAUGGGCGCAGUAUCAAAAUGCUUUAGCACAAAAUGCGGCAGCAAGUGGCAAAAUAGAUACUUCAUUGUCACCAGUACCUCGAACUGAUAUGAAUUCACCAAUGGAAGGACAAGACGAAACAAAUUCAUCUGGGCAAAAAGAAGAAGAUGAAGGAUCUGAAGAUGAUUCUGAUGAUAAACUAGACGAAAAACUAGCCACACAUGAUCCAGAACGACUGAAAGCAUUUAAUAUGUUUGUACGCUUAUUUGUUGAUGAAAAUCUAGAUCGCAUCGUUCCAAUUUCAAAGCAACCAAAAGAAAAAAUUCAAGCAAUUAUUGACUCCUGUGCCAGGCAGUUUCCAGAAUUCAGUGACCGCUCCCGAAAACGUAUACGAACGUACUUGAAAUCAUGCCGAAGAAACAAAAAGACUCGAGAUGGUUGGGACAAUACAACCCGUCCUACACCUGCACAUCUCACAUCCGUGCAAGCUGAACAAAUUUUGGCAAUUGCUUGUGAGAACGAAUCAAUGAACGCCAAACGUAUGCGCAUAGGUCUAGAACCCAUUACACAUGCAAUACCAGCCCCAGGUUCAGUAGUGGCGGCUGCUGCAGCCGCUGUUGCUGCCACAAGUUCAGUAACUACAGUAGGUGGUAGUAAUUCGACAAUGACAUCAGUUCAAAUGCCAACUGAGGGACUUACUUCAGUUACAGCAACAACUGUACCAUUUGCUACUAGCACUAGUUUCGCACGUUCUACAACAAAUUCAGAAACAGCUGACCCAUUGUCUCUGACGCCGGCUGUUGCUGUGGCGGCCGCAGCAGCUGCUGCAGCUGCCGCUUCAUCCAAUGCAAGUGGCAGCAUAAACUCAGCACGCAGUUCACCACUAGCACUCAGUUCGAAUGCAAGUAUCGGGGGAAGCACAACAAGUUUAGAUAUAAAACCCUUGACAAGUGCAUUGGCCAAUGGAAAUACAAUAGCCAACGGUAUUGCUGCAGCUUCCACAGCAGCUGGUUUAGCUGGACUACCAGCUACAAGUCCACUUUAUAGGUCAUCGGAUUUUGCGUCGCCUUCAGCAGCGGUGCCAUUUGUGGCAGCUGCAGCUGCAGCUGUGGCUGGACGUUCAACAACUUACCCCAACUAUUUUCCAAGUGUGACCGGAUUAGGCAAUGCUACACCUACUGAUCUCUCAAUGAAGAACACGUCUACCAACAUAUCCUCCAACUCAUUUAUUAAUGUUUCCGGCAACUGUAACAAUAAUUUACCCACAAAUACAGCUUCUGCGUUGAGCAAUAUCUCAACCAACAUUAAUAACAAUAACACUUUGGUUACCGCCACACAACUGCAACAAAUUCAACAACAACAACAGCAGCAGCAGCAGCAGCAACAACAACAACAGCAGCAGCAACAGCAACAACAGCAACUCCAAGCGGGACAGCAGGGUAUAGCCACAGCUUCAUUGGGGGCUCAAAUUGAUACGGCUGCAGUGCGCGCACCCCCACUACUAACGCACAAGCUGAGUCCCAAUGAAAUAACCGCAGCACGUCAAGUGAUUUCUGCCUAUCGCGAGAGCGCAGCAUUUUUGUUGCGCACCGCCGAUCAAGUCGAACAAUUACUCAUACAGCAACAGUAAGUCGCUGGCCAUAUUGCCAGUUAGUAGAAUUAAUUUGUGAAAUUAUGGUUAAAAUAUGGUAAAUUUACUAAUAUUCGUAAGGUGAUUUUGUGUUUUAAUUAAAAUUUUAUGUAUUUUUUCUCUUAUACAUUAUACAUACUCGCACACAUGACAACACAUAAACGUUACAGAGUAACAGAACUACACGAUGUAAACAAAGCCAUAGUUAUUUACUACGGAUCCUGUGUUUAACACACAGGCUGUUCCUAUUUCAAUUAAUAUAAAUAAUCUAAUUAAAUUAGUCAAAAACGAAUAAAAAUAAAUUAAAAU